CUCCACGUUUGCUUCGGCCGUUGUCUCUAGAAGUAGAGCUCAGGGGAAAGACUCGAAAGGUCCAGCUCCGCGAGUCGUCUUUGCCGGUCCCUUCCCUUUCUGCCGUCGAGUGUUUUCUGCCCCACACGCGGCGCCAAGUGGGAGAGUCAUUGCCGCGAAGAGUUGCGUUUUUUUUUCUCUGGGUUUCUCGUCGUCUGCUGCCUCUUCUUCUUGAGUUGCGUGUGUCUUUCUCACCUCGCAAAACGCGCUCUGCUACGCGCAACGACUCCGUUUCUCCCGCGAGGGGCUCUCGUCCUAGACGCGCUCGGCAGCUGCUGAACGACCCGCAGGGCGUCGUCUGUCUUUUUUUGACUCCUUUUUCGUUUUUCCCCUCGACGCAGUUCGCUCUCUUGUUUCUCUCUCGCGCACUGCGGAGCCUGCGUCUUCUUCACAGGCUCUGUGUCCGAGUCGAACGCGUCUCAGUUUGCAGGGAGGUCGACUUCUCUCUCCGCGCCUCCUCUGCGAGUCUCUUCUGCUCACGCCUGUUCUCGACUUCCUGCUGUCCUCCUCUCCUUUUUCUCCGCUUCGCUCUCUCCUUGAACAGUUCUCCGCCUUCGCCCCCAUGGCGCAGACUCAGCGGGGCCGACCUGGCUUCCUGUCUGUGAACGCCGCGUUCUCGGACGCGGCAGACUUCCCGCGAGCAGCGCCGCGGCGUUCGUCUGCAAAGAGCGGCGGCGCGUCUCAGGCUGCCUCUCGCCCAGCUCCAGCGCAGUAUGCGCCGUUCGCGUCUUCCUUCCCCUCUUCCCCUGCAGCCUUCUCCCCUGCGGCGGUCGCAGGCGAAGUCCGCAGACGCGAGAAACUCGCCCAGCGCGCGCGGGGGGCUGCGCGGCCGGAGCCGGACUCGGAGGUCUGCGCUCCCCAGAGCGGAGAGCACCUCGAGCGGCUGGCGCGGCCUGUCGAGGCGGAGACGGUGUCACCCGGUUCGCUGCUUCUGGGGAUCGUCGCGGAGGUUCACACCAGCGAGUUGAUCGUUCACCUGCCUUUCGGAAUGAUGGGGUGCGUCCCCCGAUCGCAGACUCAGGAAGAGUCGACGCCCAGUUUCGCGUCUGCAAGGGUGUGUGGGGAAGGCCUCGGAGACGCGUCGGAGGUGCCUGGGGCGCGAGACGGCAAACCGCAUGCGCAGACCUUCCUGCCGCUGUCGCGAAGCCACUAUGUCGGUCAAGUCGUCCAGACGGUCGUUCUGGGAGGAGGAAAGGAAGGCAGAGAAGAGGAAGGCGACUGGCGCCGACACUCGCAGAACUCGAGAGUUCUCCUUCUCUCGCUGCGGCCUUCCCUCUUCAAUGCCGGCCUCUCGGCGAACUCCCUCGCCCCCGGGAUGGUCGUCCCCGCGACUGUCGCCGCGGUCGAGGAGCACGGCUACAUGCUCUCCUUCGGCGUGGACAGUCUCUCCGGCUUCCUCCCUUUCGCGGAACUGGCAACUGGCUCUGCAGCUGCCCCGGAACGCAACGUCGACACCGACGCCGCUCUCCCCCUCCAUUCCGUCCUUUCUGUGCGAGUCGCGAAGGUGAGCAAGGCCGCCAAAGUGAUCAUCUGCGCACUACCCGGAGAGCAGGAGACCGCGGAGACACUCGAGACGCCGGAGGCGCCUCGCGGGGAGAGUCGGAAGAAGCAGAAAACGACUUCUGCGGACUCCCGAGAAGCAGCCAGCAGUGGAGGCCAGUCGCCCGGCAACAGUAAACGGACUCCGGAGGUGCCUGCGUCGCUGAAGACGUCGCUCGACUGGAGCUCGAUCAAACCGGGUCUCCUGGUUCAGGCGAAGGUCACUCAACUGAUCAGGCAGCGGGACUUGACGGCGGAGACGACACGGACGGAGAAGAAGAGACGCGGCGAUGCAGACCGCGAACGAAGCUCCGAAGAUGAAGUCCGAGCCCUCACAGUGACAUGUUUGAACGGUGUGCCGGGCGUCGUCCACCAGACGCAUGUGACGCAUAUAGUGACGCAUGCAGCGGCGCCUGCAGGCGGCGCGAAGGCCUCCAAGGCGGCGUCCACGACCGCCACAGCGCUCCACGCGUCUGCCGAGUCUGCCGAGCCUGGAGAGUCGCUCGACGCCCUUCUGGAGCAACUCGCGUCACACGUCGACUCACUUCAAGGUCGCGUCGUCGCGGGGCGCAUUGUCGGCGUCUUCCCGGACGCGCGCCGAGUUCACAUUUGUCUCCUGCCGCAUGUCGUAUCGUGGAAAUCGAAGAUCCUCCCUUCCCAUGUUGCUCGUCCUGGCGCUCUGCUCCGCGGGCCUGCAGCCGUUCUUCACUCUCCGCUCUCCCCAACAGGCGACCUCCGCGCCGUCCUCGCGGUCGGCGACGAUUUAGCGGACGAGGAGACGCCGGCGGGUGGAGAGGCGAUGCACUUGGUGGUGCGCAUUCCGGCGCGAUUCAGAGCGCAUGCGCAUGCAGCACAGAAAAAGAAAGCAGGCCGAACGGCUGCCGCUCUGAGUCCCGGCGCGCCGCUCGCGCCCGAGGCGGCCGAGUGUCGCGUACUGUUCGAAGACCGGUUUCUCGGGGAGCUUGUGGCGGCGAAUGCCCCCCCAGUCGUGAAAGAAAAACUGCUGACGCCUUGCGACUUGAAGGCGGGUGAUUUCGUCUUGGGAACAGUCACGAAAAUUCUCUGGGGACGCGCAGAAACUGCAGACCGACACAGCAAGGCGACGAACUCGCGUGAUGGCGUCGUUGUCAGCUUGUCUCCGCACCUGUCGGCGUUCGUUCCUCUGUAUCAACUGUCAGACAUCCCCCUGUCCACGAUGCCGGCGUUCGUUAGCAUUGGCGCGACGCUGAAGCUUCGCGUGCUCUCGCGCGUCUGCUGCGCGAGCUGCAGCGCGCUAGACGGCCCAAUCUGCAAUAACUUUUUCUACUUUUUCAAUCCGGCGCUGCCUCUGCCUGGCGCCGCGGAUGCGUACGCCCUCGCGAGACGUCGCGGUUCCAGGCUGAUGGAGGCGGGGGGCGGUGGGCGCGUUCGGCUCUUCCUCACGGCGAAAAAGAGUUUUCUGCAACCCGCAGAGCAGCCGCUGUUUUUCCUCACCAAAGAUGUCCAGUGCUUUGCGAAAGAUGUGCUCCACGCCCGCCUCGAAGGAGGAAAAGGAGACACUCUCGCCUGCGCCCCCGCCGGCGGCCUCGUCGAGGGUGCAGUCGUCUCGGCGUAUAUCGGGGAAGUCAAGGCCGCGAGAAGCAAGGCUCGAGAGGGGAGCGACCUGCCCUUCGUCUCGCUGGCCUUCCUGGGGGGAUUGAAGGCUCAACUGACGAAGGAACAAGUCGCACAAGCCGUUCAGGAGGGCCGCAGUCUCAGCGUCGGAGCCUUGUUGAAGGUUCGCAUCCUCUCCGUCAACUGCGAGCGUCGAUCGUUUCGGGUGUCGCUGGACCUGGACGGCUCCAAGAGCGAGACGUCUGGAAUGCUCAGAUCGCCGACGCUUCUCACGGCCAAGACCGGCUCUUAUGUUCGACGCCGCAACGCAUGCGUCCUCGCCGUCACCGAGGAAGGCGUCUUCGUUGCCGUUCGUUCUUUCUCGAGUGCCGACGCGGAACCCAGCUCUUCGGAGCUCACUGGGAGCGCAGAAGACGCGCAGCAUGGCAAGAAAAGCAGGCGCGAGAGGAAGAGAGAGAGAAGCGCUGAGGAAGGAAGGACGGAGAACAUCGUUGUGGCCUUCGUACCCAAGCUGCAUCUCAGCGACGAUGUUCGACUCGCAGAGGAACUCUGCACCCUCGUCAAGGUUGGCGAGGACCUCCCCAUGGACGCCGUCCUUUUGUCUCCCGGCGCGGCGGUUCGCCCAGGCGCGCCCGUCCGACUCUGGCGAGGAGAAAAAGCAGCAACGGCUUCGGUCGCGCAGAUGGCGAACGCUCUCGCUCAAGAACUCGAACACAGCGACGCAGAUCGCGUCGUUCGUGAUGUGUGUCUGCUCUCCUGCAAGCCGUCCCUCAGAAACAGCGUUGCCAACGGAACGUUUGUGACAGGUUCCAGCAGCUUGCUGGCUCUGGCUGGCGCGAACACCGGGAAGCCCCGCGUAACGUUUGGGUACGUGCGUCGCGUUGGAGCCUUUGGCUUGCUGGUGAGCUUCGGCGCUUGGCAGCUCACGGGUCUCGUUCCUCACAGUUACAUUUCCGACGCGUUUGUCGAGGGCGAGAGCCUCCUGCACCGUCUGUACCGCGAAGGCAUGACGGUGCGUGCGUGCGUCGUCUCUGUGCACAAAAAAACGGAGUCCGGGACUCAACCCACGGUCUCCGAGUCCGGAGAGGCGGGGCAUGUCUCCGCGGCUUCGGCGGCGAACGACGAGAGCGGCGAGAGCGGCGAGAGCGGCGAGAAGAGGCGCAAGCCGCUCCAGUUCGUUGUCGACAUCCGCCCUCGUCGACUCAGUGUCCUGCAGAAACAAGAAACCGCAGGCGAAGCCGAGACAAAGCGAGGAAGGUCCCCAGGCCUCGGUUUGCUCUCUGCGCUCCUCGACCAGCGUGAGUUCGCCUCUCAACUCGGAGGGACGAGCAAGGGGAAGGCGGAAUCUGCAUGCGCGGGCCGCGUCUGGGGUCAGCAGAAGCCGCGGUUCCACUCGGGGCAACUCGUCGAGGGAUGCGUCACGCAAGUCCUCCCGAACUGUCUCCUCGUUGCGCUCGAGAGUCCGGAAAAGGCGCUCGAAGGGGGCGACGCAGAGGAGGCGAAAAACACAGGCGUGGUGCUGGAGCACCAACUCCCUGAGGGAGAGACAAUCGAGCGUCUGAGUGAACGGCAAGCGGCCGAAGUUGCGAAGACCGGAAGGGGAUUGAAGAUGAACUUCGUCGCCCUCGACGUUGAUGAAAUCACAGGCAUCAUCGACCUUUCUGCGCGCCGCCGUCUCGUCGAACCCCUCACCAAAGUGCGAAAGGCUCUCCACGAAGCCGCAGCCGCGGGCCGGGUGUACGCGCACUUCACGCUCCACGGCCCCAUGCAUGCAAAGAAGGAGGCGCCAGCCGAGUCGAAGAAGAACGGUCUUCAUGUCGGGAAGGCCGAGGAGUUCUCGGAGAUUUUGCCGUCGUGUUUCUCGGAUCUGAAGAAGGGGAAAAAGCAGAAACGCAGCCGUGCUUCUGCGACCUCCGGGGACCUCUCAGCGGAGGCUUCCGUCGACUCCUGGGACCUGUCAAGAGAUCUGUUUCCACCACGAGUCUUUGCGCGCAUGCAGGAGCUGUGCGCGGCGACGCCACCGGUCUCUGCGGAGGUUCAACUCGAGAAUGCUUCCUACGCUGUCCUCGCCACCGACUUCUCUCUCUCUCUCUCCACGUCGACUUCCCCGACGCCUCCGGCGAAGCCGUCGCUCUCCGUGACGCUCCCGGUCUUCCUUUUCUCGCUGUCAUGUCGAAACAACACACUGCAGCCUUGUCAGUUGUCUGCCUCUGCGUUCGAGGUCUCAGGCUCCGCCCAGGCGACGUCUGCGGCGACAGUCGCCCUGUCGCCCCUCGUGACUCGUCACGCAACCUCCGGUGUUUUGCUUGCAGACUGUUGCUGGGAACGACACCACCAGGCUCGAAUCGAGGCUCAGCAGAAGCGGACUCGCGGCAAGGACCGCUUCGUUCGCGACCAGCUGCAGAAGGUCUUGCGAGGCGAGAACCUCGGCUUCGCGCGAGGCUCAGGGGCAGUUGGCCCGGCCGUGGGUCUCCGCGGCUUGGGCCUCUCGAGCGUCGCCGACGUCGAGAAGGAACUGACUGUGGGCAAGGUCCUGCGGUGUCGCGUGACGUCUCUGGGGGCGACGGUUGCCCUGGCGCGUCUGAAGAGUCCGAAGAAGGCUCUUUUGAUUCGUUUGCAUGCCGCGAACGCAGUGGGGGAGGAGGCGAGUGGAAGACGCGCAGGCGAGGCGCCCUUCCAGGGACUUCGUCCCGGAUCGAUCGCCGAAGUUCGGGUGCUCCGCCUUUCUCGGUGUGCAGGAGAAGGCAAGACAGAGCCGCAAAGAGGCAAGGGCGGGAAGGCAGGACAAGUUGGAGAGUCAGCGAGCGAAGACGAGCAGGGCGUGGAGGUGACGAAGAACGAGUGGGUCGCAGAUGUCGAGCUCGUUCACCCGAGGCAGGAACGCGCUUCCGGCGGAGACAUGGAAGGCGACCCAGACGUCCACAGAAAGAGCGAGGGGAAGCGGAAGCGCCCAGAGACAGACGACGAAUGCCGAUGGGCCGUCGUCGAACAGGUAGGGCCGCGAUGCCUCAAGAUUCACUGCGGGGUGCGUCGGGGACCUUCUGCUGAGGCAGCCUCGACUUUGGCGAAGUCCCUCAAAAAGCGGAGACUCGCAGGCGAAGCGGCUGGGCCUUUGCCUGAGGCCGCCAGUCCAGAAUUCGUUGAAGAGAGAGGGCGAAUCGAGUGGGGAGACAUCCGCCGGGACGCUGGAAAAGAAGCACCCGAGAAACAGUUCCGAGUCGGCGAGCUUCUGCUUGUUCGCCCGCAUCCCAUCGUUGCAUGCACGCGCGACAUGUUCGAGGAGGCGCUGGCCAAAUUCGUCAAGACGAAGGAAGACGACGGCGAAACUCGAAGUCGCGGACCGCGCGAACCUGCUGGACGAACUCUUCUGCGAGGCUACACCAUGGUGGACGCGGAAGACGGCGAGAAGAAGCAAACGCAAAGAGAUCUGUGCACCACGACUGUGCCCCGAACGCUCUCACAGGUUUUCACCUCCCUCCCCAACGCGGUGUCUGCGUGGGCUGCUUGGCAAUUCCCCCCGAACGCGGUGUGCUGGGGAGUCGUCCACCAUUUCCUCUCUGCGCCGUUCGCCGUCGCCGUUCAGCUGUCGAGUGUUUCCCUGUCUCCGCGCGACCCAUCCAACAGCUCGUCGUCCAGUCUGACGAGCGCGGCUGACCUCGUGCAAGUCCCCGUCCUCGCCGCCGUCCACCUCGUCGAACUGACGGACGAAUGGGUUUCCGAUCCCCUGAAGCGCCUGGACUUGAAGGUCGGACAGUCUGUGAAAGUCAAGGUCUUGCCGGUCGCCACCCCCAGCGAGAACAAGAGCCGAAGGACAGAGGACAAGAAGGAAGUCGAGAGCAGAAGCGGCCUUCCGCUGGAGGCCUCUCUUCGCCUCAGUCGCGUCGAAGCAAAGGAAGGACUGACUCGCCUGCAUCGCCCCGCAGAGGACUUGCGGGGCGACGACAUGCGAUUCGAGCACCUCGAGGUGGGUCAGCUGGUGUCAGGCUGGGUUGUUUCUUCGGGCCAGGCAGGAGUGUUUGUGGCGCUCAGUCGGAGCCUGACGCUGCGCAUCAAGUUGCAGAAGCUGCUGCCGCACUCCGCAUUUGCUCCAGAGGCGGGGGCCUCCGACCCCGCCGCCUCCGGCCGGGUGCCCGUGCGGCUCGUGAGCGGCGAGGAGGCGAAGGCGCUCUUUCCCGUCGGCCGCGUUCUUGAAGGCAUUCGCAUUGUCGUCUUGGACCCGGAGUCCAAGAGAAUCGAAGGCUCGCUGCGGCACAGCAGCGUGAAGAGACGAGAAGACGGAAACGGAGACGAGACGAAGAGCGGCAGCGCCCGCGAGGACGCGCGACGCGAGGGCAGUGAGGCGGGGGAGACAGAGAAAGUGGAAAGUCAGAAGAAGCGACAGGGUUCGAACCGCCUGCUUGAGAAGCUGAAGGUGGGGGAUGUCGUUGACGGUCGCGUUCGAGGACUGGAAAGCUUCGGUGUGUUUGUUCGCCUCGAAGACGGCGAGGAGGGCGACGAAGACAGGAGUGCGCUAGAUGUGCUCUGUCACGUGAGCGAGAUGGGAGGAAAGGACUGGGGAAACAAGCGAGCGAGGCUGCAGCGCCUUCAGAAGGGAGACCUCGUGAAGGCGCGAGUCACCAAGAUCGACCGCGCCCAGGGCAAGGCUUGGAUCAGUUUGGACGCAGACGUAUUCGAAGACGACAGUGAAGAAGAAGAAGGUUUCGGGGUGUCUCAGGACUCGAGCGAGGAAGACGCGACGGGGGAGAACGACGACCCUCGGAGCAUCGAGAACGCCGAGUGGGGGCGUGAGGAGCAGGCUGUGGAUGUCGACGUCCAGGUGGAGAAGCCUCGGAAGAAAAACGCGAAGAAAGAACGGAUGGGCGAGAGCGAAGAAGAGAGUCCAGAGAACGACGGCGACUUCUCAACGGAUGAAGGAGAAGAGACAGGCGGAUCCUGGAGUGCAGGGUUGUCUGCGGGCGACACUUGGGGGUGGACUGAAACUGGGCCUUCUGAGGACAAUGGAACGAGUCGCAGAGAAGGUUUCGUUUCAGACUCAGAGGGUGAAGACCCACCCGAGUUGAGCGACGUGGAAGAGUCCGAGGAGAAAAGGUCCAAGGCUGCGCGCCGGCGGCAUGAAGAGGAAGCGAGAAGAAACGAAGAAGACACUCGACGGCUAGAAGACAACGCCGGCCGCUCGUGGAUGGAGGACCCGCGAAGCCCCGAAGACUUCGAGCGCCUCGUCUUGGUAAAUGGAAACUCGGCUGCCGUCUGGAUCAGCUACAUGGCGUACUAUUUGAAGCUGAACGAGCUCCAACUAGCUCGCCAAAUCGCGGAGCGAGCCGUGCAGCAUAUCAACUAUCGAGAGGAGCAGGAGCGGUCGAGUGUCUGGAUUGCAUAUCUCAAUCUCGAGUGUGUCUAUGGAGACCGCGUCGACGAUGUCUUCAGGAGGGCCAUCCAGUACAACGACAGCAAGAAGAUUCACUAUCAGAUGACUUUCAUUUAUGAGAAGGCGCGCCAGUUGGACAAAGCCCGUCAGAUGUGCGAAAAGUGCUGCGAAAAGUUCCCGGAGUCACAGAAGAUGUGGGUUCGUCACCUCACCUUGCUGUACACGGCGCUGGAUGCUGCGAGCGCAGCCAGGGAUCUCAUGCUUCAGGCUCUUUUCCGCCUGCCGAGGAGGAAGCACAUCGAGUUUGUUGCUACAUGUGCGCGACUCGAGUAUAAGCAUGCAAGUAAAGAGAGAGGGCAAACGUUCUUCGAGAAGUUGCUUGCGGAGCAUCCAAAAAGAACUGACAUUUGGUCACAGUAUGUAGAUGCGCACAUCGCCGCACACACGCCUCCCCGGUGUGUGCCAGCGAAUCUGCAGUCGAUCCGCGUUCUGUUUGAACGGACGACAUCCCUUCAGCUCAAGCUGCGCAAGAUGAAAUUCUUUUUUACCCGAUGGCUUGACUUUGAGAAACAGCAUGGCACUGCGGAGACGCAAGCGCGAGUGCGUGCGAAAGCACGGGAGUUCGUUCAGAGUGUGGAAAACAAAAUCCGGCACACAAACUGAGUUGCUCCCUAGGCAGGGUUCGAGCGUCGCAUCCUUGCAAUUCUGUUUGGUACGCGGACAUUGUGGGAACGCGCCGUAUCUCACAAUCCCGGCUUUGAAAAAACAUCAUCAAAGCAUGCAUACAGUUUUGUAUAUGCGCGGACUGGUUUCUUCAACCUUUCGUUAUGCGCGAGUCGUACUGCAUGAAACAUUCUUGUUAUCAAACGCAACCUGUCACUGAACAAGGAUUUCCAGC